GUCCUUUGCCACGCGCGUGAUAGGAAGAACCCAGUCCUUGACUCAUUCAAACUUUUUGUAAACAUUGCUAAGUUUUUAUUGUGGAAAGACGUGUUUCUCGGAUGGUGAUCCUUCAAGACGACGCGACGGACGCCGAUACUCAACUACACGGGGAGCCCUUUGGAUUGGUUUUAAGUUUUUUUAAAUAACAUGAGACGGUGUUUUCUUCCGUGAAUAAGCUAGUUCAUGGCCUUUUCUCGGCGUGUUGGAAAUACCUAGCGAUUUGCGUUUUUUCUUGUUUUUUUAGUGAAUUUGAACAUUAGAUAACGUUAUUUGAACACUAUUUGAUACCUUUACUUAAAGGUAACCAAGACUUGACUUGUUUUUGUAAAGGAACGCUGGAGUUUCAACCGCGUGAUUUUCUUUUUCUAGUCGACGAAACCGGGGUUUAAAUCCUGAAAAUGUCGAGUUACAGCCGCCAGCGGCACGGAACCCCUUCUCCGAAGAGUCGGCACAUUCGCCAGAAAUUACAAUUCGCCUCCAGCGACGGAGAAGAUGACCCAAUUGAGGACGUUAACAACAGCACCGGGGGCGAGUCGGGCUUCACGGAGCUGGACUCCCCCAUGGCAGCGAGACGGGACACGGCGGCCAAACGGCUGGAGGGGGGCAGCAGCCCCCUGAACCAGUCCGGGGGGGACGACGACGUGGAGCUGUGGGACGAGGAGAGCAUGGGCUCCCCGUCUCACCUGCGGUCCCCGAGCAGCGUAAUUUUCGCCAACUGCUCGCCGUCGCCAAGGAAAGGCUCGCGGCUGUACGGAGGCUCGCCGGAGCGGAGCUACAUCCAGGACGACGCGGAGGGAUCCAGCUCCCCGAUCCCGGACUGCCCCGACACACCUCCGCACAAAACCUUCCGAAAACUCCGGCUGUUCGACACGCCGCACACACCAAAGAGUUUGCUGUCCAGAGCCAGGGGCUCCGGCCCGGGGUCGUCCAGCAGGAGAGUUGCUCUGUUCAAGAAUGUGGCGUCUCCGGGAAAGUCUCUCACGGACAGCAGCCGGAGACAGCAGGCCCCGCUGGUCAACUUCAACCCGUUCACGCCCGACUCCCUCCUCAUCCAGUCUGCCACGCAGCAAAGAAACAACAGGAAGAGAGCCCACUGGAACGACUCCUGUGGGGAGGACAUGGAGGCCAGUGAUGGGGACGGAGAGGAUGAAGUCCUCCCACCACCAAAGAGGAUCACCAUGAUGGAGAGCAACAUGAUGUCCCGCUACGCGUCCGAGUUUCUGGAGCUGGAGAAGAUAGGCUGCGGGGAGUUUGGCGCCGUGUUCAAGUGCGUGAAACGCCUGGACGGUUGCAUCUACGCCAUAAAGAGAUCAAAGAAACCGCUGGCAGGAUCGGUGGAUGAGCAAAAUGCCCUGCGGGAGGUGUACGCCCACGCCGUUCUGGGCCAGCACCCCCACGUGGUGCGCUACUACUCGGCCUGGGCCGAGGACGACCACAUGCUCAUCCAGAACGAGUACUGCAACGGCGGCACGCUGUCCGACGUCAUCGCCGACAACUACCGGCGGCUGGGCUACCUGUCGGAGCUGGAGCUGAAGGACCUGCUGCUGCAGGUGGCCCGCGGCCUCAAGUACAUCCACUCCACCGCGCUGGUGCACAUGGACAUCAAGCCCAGCAACAUCUUCAUUUCGCGGAAGACUGUGGGGAGCUGCGAGGAGUUGGACGACGACGACGGGCCCACCACCAGCGUCAUCUACAAAAUCGGCGACCUCGGUCAUGUGACCACGGCCAACAACCCGCAGGUCGAGGAGGGCGACAGCAGAUAUUUGGCCAAUGAAGUUUUGCAAGAGGACUACAGUGACCUGACAAAGGCGGACAUCUUUGCUCUGGCUCUGACGAUCAUCAGCGCGUCGGGCAGCGAGCCUCUGCCCACCAACGGAGAAAAGUGGCAUGAAAUCCGACGAGGAAAACUGCCCGCCAUCCCGCAAGUGCUCUCCCCGGAGUUCCUCAGCCUGCUCAAGCUGAUGAUGCACCCCGACCAGACCAGACGACCCUCAGCGUCUGACCUCAUCAGACACCCGGUGCUGCUGACCGCCGCCAGAAUGAGCGCCGACCAGCUGAGAGUGGAGCUCAACGCUGAGAAGUUCAAGAACGCCCUGCUUCAGAAAGAGCUGAAGAAGGCCCAGAUGGCCAGAGCUGCGGCGGAGGAGAAGGUUUUGUCCACGGACAGGAUCCUGACCCGCUCCACCGUCCAGUCCAACCCCCGGACCUCCAGACUCAUCGGAAAGAAAAUGAACCGGUCGGUCAGUCUCACCAUCUACUGAGGCUCCCCCCCCACACACACACCACCAGACGUUGGACACAGAGGCUCAUGGACCUUUCUUUAGGCCGAGCGGUCUGUUUUUUUUGGUCUGACCGGCAUCUAAGAUCUUCAGACCAGCCGAAGCUGUAGACUGUUGCUACUCUGACCUGGAAAACUCUCAGUAGACUCUUGUUGCCUAGUUCAGCCCCUCUUUUUCCAUACAGAUGGGCCUUUUCCCUUUGGAAUAUUCUCAUUUUUCAAAGGUAGUUGCUUUACCUUCCGUACUCGAUCAUUCCUAAGUUACCGUAGACAUCCGGCCCUGUCCCCGGCCCCCCCGGCGCACUUCCCUGGAGCCGGCGGCAGCCCGCUGCAGAGGAUCAGAGCUGCAGGGAAGCCCUGUUCAGUGUGAAUGUACUUGCCUUAGCCGUGUGCACCUUACUGCCUGUCGCAUGCCUGAUGCUGGCUACCAGAGGGAGUGAGAACUGACCAUGUCUGUGUUUUGUAAUGGAGCACUUUGGAGGCAACACGUGGGAUUCGCCACGGUGUUUUGAGAAAGAAAAAAAGGAAACUUGCUGCUAUUGAUGUUUUAUGUGUAUCAGGGCUUGGUCAGUGGAAACUGGAUCGUUCUAGAGGUCAUCGGCUUAUAUUUUCCAAGUAGCGGAAGUCCAUUUCUCCAUUUAAUAUUUGCCUUAUUCUCCAUUUUUUUGGAUGGAAAAUGGAUCAUGCUGUUUACUUGGGAGAAAAAAGGAGAAAUCAAAAUUGACCAAACCGGUGAGCUGACUCAUGAUGCGUGAGGUUAGAUUUGAUCCAGUCUUUGUUUCUUCCCUGCCGAUCAGUGCUUCCAACCCUGCCUGUAGCAUUAGAACAAUCAUUGUCCUGUUCUUCGGAUUCACAUGUGUUCUGUUUUCCCAUUUUCACAAAGCUCAUCUUCUAUUACUGUUUAGAAAGCUAUCCCUUCUCCAUUUGUUCUUGUAACCCCUAACACAAAAAGCUUUGGAACUUGUACAUAUGUUCUUUUAAUAAAUUUCUCUGUAUUAAUUGCCUUUAA